AUGGGAAAUGGCACAUAUUUUUAUUUCAUGUUGUUUGAAAAUCUUGGGUGCAUAAAAUAUGUUUUUUUCAGUUUGGGGUUUAUUUUUUUAUUUUGUUUUUUUUUAUUUAUUUGUUUGUUUUUUUUUUUUUUUGUUUUUUUUCUGGAAAAGACAUUGCACCAACCCAUGUACAUUUUGAUUUCAUGUUUGUCCAUCAACUCUGUAUAUGGUACAACUGGUUUUUUCCCAAGGUUACUGACAGACCUGCUGUAUGAUACACACAGAAUCUCAUAUGAAGCUUGCCUCAUACAGAGUUUUGUGAUUUACUCAUAUGCAGCUUUUGAGCUUGCGAUAUUAAUGCUAAUGGCAUUUGAUAGGCUUGUUGCAAUAAAUAAACCUUUGCAUUACAACAACAUAAUUACCACACGUUUUCUAACUCUUUUAAUAGUUAUAGCAUGGCUUUAUCCAAUGAUUUCUAUUGGUUUUGCUGGUCUUUUGACUGCCAGGCUGAAAAUGUGUGAUAACAAAUUGUUUAAGGUAUACUGCCACAACUACGAAAUUGUCAAACUAUCUUGUGUGAACCAUAAUAUUAAUAAUAUUUAUGGACUGAUUGUAACAUUGACAAUAAUCUUUAUCCCUUUGAGUUUUAUAUUAUAUUCUUAUGUCAAAAUUAUUGUAAUUUGUCAAAGAAGCUCAAAAGAGUUUAGGAGCAAAGCAUAUCAAACUUGUAUUCCACACAUAGUGAUCCUUUUAAAUUUCUCAGUUGCUCUUUUUUGUGAGCUUACUUUGAGUCGGUUUGUGAAUGGGGAAAUUCCUAUAGAGCUGGCUGUUAUCCUUUCACUGGAAUUUAUUGUUGUACCACCCUUUGUAAACCCUGUUGUUUAUGGUCUAAACUUUCCUGGUAUCCGCAAAAAAAUUAGAUAUCUUAUAAAAGCCUCCAAAUAG